AUGCGAGAUGGCGCCGAGAAAAAUGCGAGGUCGCGCCGAGAUAAAUGCGAGAUAGCGCCUACAAAAAAGCGAGAUGUUUGCGAGCUCGUCAAUGUACCGCCACCGACCUCGCGUUUAUCUCGUCAGUUAUUCUUAGUGUGUAAAACUUUCGACCCUAUCGAGUUUUCGACCAAAUUGCAAAGUAUACUGUUUUAACGUUUCUAGCACCGCUCUAGCGUUUACUCAGUUUAUUAUUUUUUCGAAUGAAAAUUGCGUUGUUAAUAUUUUCAACUCUAAAGCCACAGCAUUAUGAAAACUACAAAAAAGUAACAUUGCGGGAAGCGAGCGAACUUCUACUUUCCAAAACACUGUCAAAAGGCGUUCGGUAUCAAAGUGCACCUAUUAAAAAUUUAUACAAGAAAAUAACGUCUCGGAAAGUUCAAAACUCGGAAGAAGUUUCUAAUUCUUUGCUUAAAACCAAGCGAGCAUGAAAAUAAAGAGUGAUUUUCUUUUCACCUUUUUUAUUAUAUGCAGUGAAAUUGACGUACAUUUCUCUUGCUCUCUUAAAGAUCUUCUUUUCUGUCGGAUAAAAAAUUGCUUGACACAGAAAGUUAGUUCGAAUCACGUAAUGGCUAGAAAAUCUGAGAAAAAAAAAAACUUAUAAAACUUAGUGAAAAUUAAUUUUUUUCUUUUUAGCAAUCAACAACACUUUUUUACACAAAAACCUAUUGUAUUAAAAGGCGCAGCAGGAAUGAAUUAAAGAAAAUAAAAAAAUGAAUAUUUUGUAAAAAGUUUUGCGCGUCACUUUCAAUGUACUUAGUUCGUUGCGUACGAAGCAUUGAAUUAUACGAAACUAGGCUGCUGCUAAAAAUGAAGGCUUCAUGAAUUCACAAACUUAUGAACGUAUAUAGUGCGUUUCAGUGAAUUUUUGUCGGUCUAAUGAGCUAGUAAUGUAUCGAAAUUUUAUCCUCUGGUUAAGUUGGGUGAGCACUUGUUAUCCCUGUUUCGCUUAACCACGAAUCUCGAAAACACCUUAGCAAAUCAAACUUAACACUCUCGAUUCGGUUGGUUUUUAACAAUUGAUCAUUGAUCUACAGAAGGGCAUCAAACUGUUUUCAGCCUUGAAAUCAACCAUAGACCGUCUUUGCAGCACGUCAUUAUAUGUUUUUCGACGAAAAACGAUUGAUAAAAAGAAACGGUUGGUCUUUUUUCGUCUCUAACUUAAGUAAGCAUUGUUUCAGUGGGAGUUUGAAAUCAUGCAUGUCAAGUGUUUUUAUUAAGUAGUUUCUAUAAAACUUCUUCAAUGUACUCACCAUCUUUAUUGAAAAAAAUUUGUUUUCUAGUGAUUCGUGAAAUUUUUUUUAGUGGUCUUACCGAAUUAAGCAAAGAAUUUAUUAAGAGACCGAAUUCUUUUUUUACCGUUGUUUAUGGCUGUUUUUUUUUUUUGUAAUAACCGGCUAGUUAUAGAAUACCGAGUGUAAGAUGGAAUACGAAUUGCCGGAAAUGGGGCGGCGCGGCCACCCCCUUUUAGAUGGUUCUCAGGAAAGACAGCGGUCCUUCUCUCGCAGUAGUAUCAAUGGCCCUGGUGAUCCAAAAAUAAAGGUGGUUGUUAAACCUUUCUUUUUUGAGUUAUCUGAAAAUUUUAUCUUUAAAGUAUUUAUAACGAGGUAUUCAGUUCAUGAAAGAAGUUGCUGGGAAUGUUCUCGAAACGGUUCUACGCCUUCCUGGAUUGAUUCUUCUUGAACUCUGGUGGCGAAACCAUGACAUGACCUUCGAAGAAAUCUCUCAAGAAAUGAUGAACAAAGUAUGGGAGUAAAUUGUAGUUUCCUGAUCGAUUCUUGAAGGCUCCUUUCAAUUCCUACUUCGACACUUCAACUAUUCUCGACUUUGUGCACAGGCGAAAUUUCGACCACUCUGCGGCAAUUAUUUUGAGUCAUUCAGGUGAAAUUUUGAAAAAUUUCCAAAAAAAAAAUGUACAGUCUAUGAGGGUUUAGCCCCGAAAAUAUAGCUUGAAAGGGAAAAAUAGCGCCUGGCAUUGCCGACCCAAUAAGCUUAGUAAUCUCGAAAGUUUUAUUUAAAACAGUUCAAAACAAAAAAAAUUCAUUCUUCCUCGAGGAUCCGCUUUUUCAAAGUUUGCGGUUAUCGCAAACAUCUCUGCCUCACCAAAUUGUUUGCAAUUUUUGAAAUUUAACAUCCAGAAAGAACUUUAAGUUUUCGCAAAAAGUGACUAUGAGGAAUGUUAUUCUAAAGCUUUGAGAAUAUUCUUGCGAUUUUUUGAAAAUUGAUUUCAUCGAAGUUACCUCUUCUGUGAGCGUUUCGCUUUCCUUUCAUAAAAUUUGAUUUUCCAAAUGCACUUAACUUCUUUGUCAGUUAUUUCUGUUGCGAAGGGGCUGAGUUUAAUUAGACUUUGAAUAGUGAGACGUUUAUAUUUAGCGUUGUGAUUUUCAGUGGUGGUGUUUAGUCUCAUGUUCUUGACGCUACCUCUCUCGCGACUGUUCCGCAUGUAUUCACACGCUCUGAGCCUCGCUUUAUUCGCCUUGGCCCACUACAUGUCGGUGACCUACGUGAGCCUGGAGAUGAAAAGCGGCGACAAGGAGCUUCAUCUUGACGACUUCAUCAAGCUCGAACGCCACGGCUUCCACUUUUUGGCGCAGGUAUUCUCCGGUAGAGAAAGGGAGCCAUUUUUCUUUCAAAACCUUUCUUUUCAGAUGCUGGUUGCCGUGCUCCAAAGUUUUGUGUUGGAGCUUGAGACGGAGCGUUGGCGGAUUUUCCUAGCCAUGUUCUCGAUUCCGAUCGUUUCAAGAAUGUGCGCGUGUCCACUCGAAAAGCUGAUCAUUGGUUUGUUUUCAGCUUUAUUGGAGAUACAGCUUUGAGAAGCUAGACCGUUUUUUCUAUCUUGGUUCAAAAUUAUGAACGAAUUCUUACCACUAUGUAGGAAAGUUUUAGCUGGAAUGAGGCCUCCAAUUGGCUAAUGUCUUCAAGAACUUCAUGGACGAAUAAUUUUCGAGCAUAAAGCCUGAAAUUCGAUUCACCAUUUUGUAUUGUAGAAGAUGUUUUUUCAAUUAUUUAGUUUGGAAUUUCUCAAUUCGUGGCUGUGCCCGAGCACAGACCCUGAUUUUUGUGGAAAAAAAUUUUUGAGUUAAUUCGAUUCCAGCUCACAACAUCUCGUGUUGCGUCGCGAUGGUGUUCAUUUGCAUGUACGUUCUCUACCGAGUUCCUUCCAUUCUGAAAUCGAUUCGAAUUGCUUGGGUACAAAUGAAGGCCAUUUUUGUCAUUCGAGGCCUUGCUAUGGGUACGUUUUUUCGGCCGGUUCUGUAUUUCAUUGCACUCGAUCGUGAUAUUGAGUUACAAGAAAAAAAAAGAAGAAACUCACAAAAAUUCUGCAGGCUGUGCGACUCUCUGGAGACGACUGCGAAUCGCCGAACUUCUGACAUUCACUUGGCUGACCUUGUUUUUCUUGCGUCUUUACGUUGAACUUUACGAAAGGGUGAGAAUCUAAUUGUUUGUUUUUUUUUUUGGUUCGACUCAACUCACUUGCUAGACAUUGCUUGAAACUACAUGAUACGCUAGAACAUAUCGAUGGGAUAACUUGACAAGAAUAGAAAACUCAGUAGAUAUUUCAUCGUUUGUAUCUAGUCGCUUUGUUUUUAGACUAGUGCAAAAAAUAGGCUGGAGUUAAACGGGUGACCGGCGGUAGCAUCCGCGGCUGCUGAUGGCUAACAAGAGAGUAAAGUUCCUAAAACUUUCUCUUGCAGCGUCGUCCUCUGGUCGAAGCUGGGAAAGUAUUGUUGGCGGGCGUCGCCGAGAGCACGAACACUCCGAUUUCGCUUCUCUCGCUGGCCAUCACCAUUUCUUUCGUGUGCAAGUGGGUGGUUGACGGCGCGCAGCUCAUGAUCGGUGGCCGCAGAGAACACGGAAACGUCCUGGUGUCUUCUGGGUAACGACUGCUGCUCGAAGUUUGAUGGAAAUGGAAUUUUCAGAUGCAAUUAUACGGGCGCCGUCAGUCUUGUGUUGCUGUGCACACAGGCCGGUAUUUUUGGCAUGGGGCCUGAACAGAAGACCUUUCUCAUGGGCCUCACACUAUUCAUCGGUUGGUUCGUUUGACCGACCUCUUCGAACUUUCUGAUCAGUGUUGGGCGCGCUGCUGCAGUCGAUGCAAGAGCUUCUCGAGCCGGAGCUUCUGAUGCUCGCUUCGAGCCCCUUUCUGAACCGCGGUCGCCAGGUCCGCUGUCUUUCCCUCGCUGCCUUCCUAGUUAUCGCGCCUCUUGUCAUGAGCUACAGCAUUAUCCUUCUCCUGUCAAUCGACAUUUGGUGAGUUUUUUUGAGUUUCACCCUCAUGUGGAAAAUUGGAAAAGUAUCCGGAAGGCCUACUGUAAAACAACAGAAAAAAAAAAUGAAGUGGCAUUCUCAGAACCGUUAAACCCCACUAAUUUGUUCGCAAUUCAAUCAAAGUUAUGUUUACAGGUGUGUUAUAUUGAUUUCCAACGCAGUUAUGACAUCUAUUUAUGCAAUCUCCGCUCUUAUUCAGUACGGGAUCAGCGUUUUUGAGGUUUUUUUUUGCUUUUUACACAUGGGAAACUGUCUUUUCCGAUUACAGAGCAGAUCCAAAGGAUCUUGGGAAAGAGUUGAUGAUGUCACUUUCUAUUUGAACUGCGGUACACGAGGAAUCGAACUGCUGAUCGCAAAAAUAGUUGCACUUUACGGCAUGCUCUAUGUGUUCCAUAAUAAAUUCCCGUUUUCGGCCACAUUUAUUCUCGUGUUCCACAUCGUCGUUAACAUCUACAAGAGGUAAUGUCUAGUCGAAUCUUCUGCAAAGAAAAGCUUCCUUCAGGCUGGCCAAUCUCCUCAGAGCCAUCAAUGCACGAGACGUUGCCGUGAAGAAGACGAGUCGGCUGCCGAAAGCGUCUCUCGAGCAACUCAAAAGUGAGUGAAUGCCCGCGCUGCCGCGAGAUCCUUUGGUCUUCGCAGAACUCAACGACGUGUGUGCCAUCUGCUUCAUCGCGAUGAAAGACGACGUGAGAAUCACGCCAUGUCGUCAUUUCUUCCACGGAACUUGUCUGCGGAAAUGGUUCGCUGUGAAGCAGGUUCGCUUCUUUUGUUGGCCUCCCUGAGUCGAAUCGAUUUUGCAACUUGGUAUAAAAUGAAAGUUUGUUUAAAAACGGAUGGACAAGUCAAUUUUUUUUUUUCGAACUCCGGUCAAAUUUGGUUUAAUAGUUGCGGAUUGAAAAAAAAGUAAAAAAAGGCUCAAAAAAAGCCCAGCCUUCUAGGAUCUCCCCCCAUUGAAGGAGAUUUUUCUUGCAGACGUUGCUGUACGAGGAAUAUAAUGAUUUUCCUUGUGAAUAGUCAAAAGGAAAAAAAAAAUGAAGAGUUCAAUAUGUUUGAAUUUUCUGAUUUCCAUGAAACUGAAAAUAUGAAGACAAUUUCCAGGUGUGCCCACUGUGUUACUCGGACUUCCAAAUAGACACGAACAGAGUGCGGUUACCGUCGAGCAGAGACGAGCUGUUCACGGAAAAUACCGAGAAUGUCGUCGAAGGGAACAAAAGUACGUGGGAGCUUUAUCAUUAAUUAAAUAUGUUUGCCAAGUUUCAUCAAUUAUUUUUUUCAUACUUCAUUUAUAAUAUCGGAAAUCCCCAGAGUCUCACUCGAUUAGAGAUCUAGUUUUAGAAAUAAGUUUCUACUUAACUAUAGCGUCUUUUGACUUUCAAACCUAGCAAUGAAUAGAGCCUAUGUCUGAUCCCAUAGAGCUGUCAUUUUGAGACGUCUACAUCUACCGCAGAGGGGCGUGGCAGCGCGAACAAGGCACUUCGACGGCGCGACAACGUCUUCGGGAAGAACAUCGCGUGCACAACGCUCGCGACAUGUGGCCGCUUGUUGUCGACAGGUCAGUCUCCUUUGCUGAUAAAUUCCUCGAUCAGUUUAUACUUUAAUUUUUAAUGAGCAAUAAUUUUUAAGAGAUAUUGGAAAUUUCAAAGCAUUUUGAAGAAGUACAAACUAAAAUUAAAUGAAAAUCAGUUUUUCCAAAAAAACUUCUGCCAGUUGCAAACUUUGAAGCGUCCCCUCAAAGUGCAGUGGGAAAAAAACCUUUUUAUAUAACUAAAGCAACCUUCGUUUUUAGAUAAGAUUUAUAGCCUGUUCUUUUCUUCCAGCGUGAGUAUUUUCCUUUAUUGAAAGGAGGAAAAAGUGCAAAGGGCAAAUUUUGACGUAUUAACUUUUGUUAGAUCUCCGACUCCAUAUCGAUUUUCUCGGUUUUCUGGUUGAGAAUAAGUAUCUGAAAACUUGAUAUUGUGAAUUUUACUAAUGAGAUUUUCUAUAAGACUUAGAAUAGAAGUAAUUUUCAGUGAGGCCUACGAAAGCGACUCCUCGGCAACUACUGAAUAUUCAGUGGAUAGUUCGGACAGUCCUCUUCUAUAA